CCGGCAGUAUAGACUCCGCAUAUAUUUCCCAUAGUGUCCUCUCCUCCACUCUUUAACCCUCCCGCUGCCGCGCAGGUCAGGAGCUUCCGCCCGCUUCUCCUGUGUGGUGACUCAGUGCCGCGCCCGGCGACAGGAGGGUUAAAUGACGUCACCGAAUCAUGUCGACGAGCAAUGUGCGCCAUUUUGAAACCUCAUCCCGGAGAAGCCGAGAGCGGCUCUUGAGCACCGCGUCCCCUUCCGAGUCCAGUCCUGCCCGCCUCCUCCUCCCCUAGUCACCGGCACCGGAACAGCCGCCGCAGCCCCGGAGCGGCCCUGCCCGGCACACACACGUACUCAGGAGGGGGAGAGUGUGAAGGGCGAACCCUCCCCGUCCUCCUUCUCCUCCUCCUUCUCAGCGACGCCCGGAUUGGGAGGCCUGCUCUUAGAGGGAAGCCAUGGCAGGAGUGGGCGGAGGGAACGAUUUCCAGUGGUGUUUCUCUCAAGUCAAAGGUGCCAUAGACGAGGAUGUGGCGGAAGCUGAUAUUAUUUCUACUGUUGAAUUCAACUUUUCUGGGGACUUGUUAGCAACAGGAGACAAAGGCGGAAGAGUCGUUAUAUUUCAAAGGGAACCAGAGAGUAAAAGCCGUCCUCAUUCUAGGGGUGAAUACAAUGUUUACAGCACCUUUCAGAGCCAUGAACCUGAAUUUGACUACUUAAAAAGUCUAGAAAUUGAAGAGAAAAUUAACAAAAUUAGGUGGUUGCCGCAGCAAAAUGCAGCUCAUUGUCUCCUUUCUACCAAUGACAAGACUAUAAAGUUGUGGAAAAUUAGUGAACGUGAUAAAAGAGCAGAAGGUUACAACCUAAAAGAUGAAGAUGGCAGACUACGCGAUCCCUUUAGAAUCUCUUCUCUACGGGUGCCAAUAUUGAAACCCAUGGACCUAAUGGUUGAAGCAAGUCCACGGAGGAUAUUUGCAAAUGCACAUACAUAUCAUAUAAACUCUAUUUCAGUUAAUAGUGACCAUGAAACAUACCUCUCUGCAGAUGACCUGAGAAUUAAUUUAUGGCAUUUAGAAAUUACAGAUAGAAGUUUUAACAUUGUAGAUAUUAAGCCUGCUAACAUGGAGGAACUGACAGAAGUCAUCACAGCUGCUGAAUUCCACCCUCACCAAUGCAAUGUGUUUGUCUACAGCAGUAGCAAAGGAACAAUUAGACUUUGUGACAUGCGGGACUCUGCACUCUGCGAUAGACAUUCAAAAUUUUUUGAGGAACCUGAAGACCCGAGCAGCAGGUCAUUUUUCUCUGAAAUCAUCUCUUCGAUAUCUGAUGUCAAGUUCAGUCACAGUGGUCGCUAUAUGAUGACAAGAGAUUACUUGUCUGUCAAAGUGUGGGACCUCAACAUGGAGAGCAGACCAGUAGAAACAUAUCAGGUUCAUGAAUAUCUUCGAAGUAAGCUUUGUUCCCUCUAUGAAAAUGACUGCAUUUUUGACAAGUUUGAAUGCUGCUGGAAUGGAUCUGACAGUGCGAUUAUGACUGGCUCUUACAACAACUUCUUCAGAAUGUUUGACAGAAACACCCGCCGGGAUAUCACCUUGGAAGCAUCUAGAGAGAGUAGCAAACCUCGUGCCAUUUUAAAGCCAAGGAAAGUCUGUACCGGCGGUAAGAGGAAGAAAGACGAGAUCAACGUUGACAGCCUAGAUUUCAACAAAAAGAUUCUACACACUGCAUGGCACCCAAAAGAAAAUAUUAUCACUGUUGCUGCCACCAAUAAUUUGUAUAUAUUUCAGGACAAAAUUAAUUAAAGAUGGCAUUUUUUUUUUCUUAUUUUUUUUUUUAUGUUCUUUUUUUUUUUUUUGAGGGCGAAGUCUUGUUCUUGCAUAGUUAAACCUAGUUUAUCUGUAAAAGAUCAGAUCUCGCUGUCCUUCCAGUAAAGAGCAUGGAUGCACUUCCCUCUGUAGAAAAGAAUAACAAAAAAAAAGGAAAAAAAUAAUUGUAGAAGCUGACCUGGAUUUUCUUUCACGGUAGCGCUAUGCUAUCAGUGGUGUGAAAGAGAUGGCCCAGUGUCCAUUUCUCAAAGUGCAGAUCCGAUUGAGGCUGGUGCUCUACAUGGAAGUCACUCUAGGACUUUCUCCCAUUUCAUAGACCAAUAGUUACCGCAGGGAAAACAGGAUUUCUUUUUCUUUUUUUCCCCCCCUCUGCUUUACAUUAAUUGGGUCUUAACAUGCAUAGUGUUAAUGCCUGUAACAUUCCUUCUCUGGCUUUUUCUUAGAUAUUUUUACAUUUUGGCACUUAAAACUGGGCUUAAGUUUAUGGUUUUCAUGUUUUAUUUUAUUUUUUUGUCCAGUGUAUACUUACUGUAUUAAUUAACCACACCUCCUUGUGGAAACCACUUAAUAAAAUAACAAAGUAUAAAAAAGUGUUUUUAAAUUUGGUCUUACGUAUUCAGUCUUUUACAUUUUUUUUCAUUUGCAUGUUCCUUGGUCAGCUCCUACAGACGUGAAGGCAUUACAGACCUAUAUUUUGUUUUUCUUUACGAUAUGUUGCAUUCCAAAUGUGCAAUUAUUCAGAAGAAAAUUUAGUCGCAGUUCCUUUAUGGAAUACACCUGCCAUAGCCGAAACACGUGGGGAAACCAUUUUGCUGCAUGGUCAGCAUUUAAAAAUUAAAUAACUAACUUUUUUUUUUUUUUUUUUCUUUACUGAGUAGACAUAGAUUACAUAGACCCUGAUGAAUGAAAAUAAAAAAAAUUGGGGAUUUUGCACAGUAUUAUGCAUAACUGUUAUAAUAUGUAGACCACCAUUGACUAAAUCAUACCUAAUGUGCAUUAUUUUAUGAUUUAUAUAUUUUUCUAGGUUUUUUAUAUAUAUUUUUUCAUGUCUUUUCUGUCAUUGCACUUCAAGUCAGUGUUUCUAUUUAAUUUGCAAAUGCCAAACUUUUAUUUUUUAUUUUUUAUUUUUCCUUCAAACAUAAAAAGAUAGCCACAACGAACAAAUGGGUUUAACUGUUGGGGAAAAAACAUAACGCUCAAGUCAGUUUCCUAAAGCUAGGUAGUACAGUUCAGUAGCAAGAACUGGUACCAAGUUUGACAGUUUUGUGACUCCAUGAUGACAAGAUGAUGUGUCGACCUGCAGUCUUCAGUAGGAUCAAUGGUCAAUUAUGGUAAUAUGCAAGAACAAAAUAUGUACCUCAUCCCUGAUUAAUCUCUAGAAUGCCACUCUUCACAUAUGGCUGAGCUAAAACCUGAAAUUCAGAGUUUUUAAAUAAAUAUUUAAAGAAAAAAUAUGGAAGCGGGAGGUGGUAAAAUCUUGUAUAUCGGUUGUGACACUAUUUCCAAAUGCGAAUUUUUAUUUUUUUUGUUUUUUUUCCUUUGGCCAUGAAAUCUGACCACAUACAUUAAAGAACACAAGUAGGCCUAUACAACAGGAUUGUAUAUAUUUGUUCAGUUAUUUUGACCAAAAAAGUUUAAUAAAUUUUAAAUGUUUACCUGAA